GGCGGCGUCAGUGCCCGGCGGGGAGCGGGUCCCAGGCCGCCGCCGGACCGGAGGCUAAGGGGGCGUCUGGGAGCUCCCUCGCCCGGCCCUCGGCGGCCUGAUGGCGUAGGAAGGACAGGCUGGGAGUGUUGACAUUGAUUGCUUCGGAUCUGGUCACUAUGGUACGAGAACGAAAAUGCAUAUUGUGCCACAUUGUGUAUGGCUCAAAAAAGGAGAUGGACGAACACAUGAGGAGCAUGCUGCAUCACAGGGAGCUCGAGAACCUGAAGGGCAGGGACAGUAGUCAUGAGUGCCGAGUGUGCCGGGUCACAGAAGUGGGUCUCUCUGCAUAUGCAAAGCACAUUUCUGGCCAGUUGCACAAAGAUAAUGUUGAUGCCCAGGAAAGAGAAGAUGACGGAAAGGAAGAGGAAGAGGAAGAUUAUUUUGACAAGGAACUCAUUCAGUUAAUACAAGAAAGAAAAGAACAAAGUCGACAAGAUGAACCUUCCGGUAACAGCCAAGAAAUAAAUUCAGAUGACAGGCAACCCCAGUGGAGACGAGAAGAGCGAAUCCCUUACCAAGACAGAGAGAGCUAUAAUCAACCGGCAAGGCACCAUCGUGGGCCUGCACAAAGGGACUGGAAAUGGGAGAAGGAUGGCUUCAAUAAUGCUAGGAAAAAUAGCUUUCCACAUUCUCUGAGGAACAGUGGUGGGCCACGAGGAAGUUCUGGGUGGCAUAAAGGUGCUGCAAGAGGCACUUCGACCUGGUUCCACAGUCACAGUAACUCUGGAGGAGGUUGGCAUCCAAACAAUGGGAUGGUGGAUUGGAAUUAUAAUGGUAUAGGAAGGAAUUCCGGUUGGCAUUCUGAAGGAACAGGUGGCUUUUCCAGCUGGCACAUGAACAACAGUAACGGAAACUGGAAGUCCAGUGUGCGGGGUACAAAUAGUUGGAAUUACAAUAGCCCUGGAGACAAAUUUCAACAAGGCAGAAACAGAAAUUCUAACUACCAAAUGGAAGACAUGACCAAGAUGUGGAACAAGAAAUCUAAUAAGCCAAGCAAGUACAAUCAGGAGAGAUAUAAGUGGCAAUGGCAAGACAGUGACAAAGCUGGCAAGUAUAGAGGUCCUUCUGAGGGAUUUGCAAGUGACACAUUUCCUUCGGAAGGUUUACUUGAGUUCAGUUUUGAGCAGCGAGAAAGUCAAACCCCUAAACAAACAGACACAGCAGCCUCAAAAAUGAAUGGGAAGAAUGGCGGCAUAGCAAGGGAAAGGUUCCGCCGCUGGAAACCCUACCCUUCCCAGAAGACCCCGGAUUUACAGUCAGCCCUGAAAGAAAUCAUUGGCAACAAGUCAGAAACGGUGGAUAAGCCUCUCUUCAAUUUUAGCUUAAUCACUGCAGGACUACAAGAACCAGAUGAUAAAACAAGUAAUGCUGAAGUGCCUAAAAUGCAAAAAGAAGUACGUCCUGGUUCUCCCAGUCAGAAAGCGAUUUCUGACAGCACUGCUUCCUAUGAGGUGGUGAGAGCCUGCCCCACUGCCGAACAGUCUGAGCCACUUCGGAAGUCAAAUAAGAUUCCAUUAUUGAAAUCCCCACUCCUUCCACUUCCAACCCCUAAAUUGGCUUCUCAUAAGCAUAAUUUAAAGAACCACUCAAAAAACAGUGAAACAAAAUCCUUUUCUCCUGGAGAUUGUUCACAGCUCCUGAACAAAUCCACCUUAGAAGGUAGCCAUGGUUCUUCCUACACAUCCAAAUCACAUGGUUUAUGUCCUAAUGUUUUAAAGGGGAAUAAAACUGUAUCAGGCACUCAGAAAGAACCAGAUGAAAAGUUAAAUGAUUCAUCACAGAAAGCCCAAGAGGUGCGACAGUGUCCCAGAACACUGCAAAACCCACCCCUCAGCAUGCCCAGAAAUACUGAGAACCAUGCCAGAGAAAGUAGGAAUGUAGAAGAGUCUCCAAAAGACUCUGUGAGCACUGAGUUUCAGGUACGCUCAGCUGAAAAUGAUGGAGCAGCAGCCAGUCCAGAAAAGCAUGGCCUGAAAAACGAAGGUGUAGCUUCAGUAACUACAGAGGUUGAGUCCUGCUGCACUCACAGUGAGGAUAAGGAGCAAGGGAACCAGAUCCUGGGACCAUCUGGAAACCUCUCCACCUCCCCAAAUAAUACCACAGUUCACCAGAAAGAGGCUGAGUUACAGGUGACAGCAGCAGCCAGUCCACAGUCUGGCUCACUGCUAGACCUGAAGACCUCUCUAGAAGAGGCACAGGCUAGCAGCCUUGUUAAAUCUGAUGGACCUUUUGAAACAGAAAGCUUUGAGGGCACUAGCUUGGAUGCAGAGCUUCAAAAAAACGAUAUCAGUAAUCAGCCCCCAGGCACACUCCUGCCGGAACUAAGUAAACUUGGUUUUCCUGCCUCACUCCAGAGAGAUCUAAGCCGGCACAUCAGUUUGAAAAGCAAAACUGGAACACAUCUCCCAGAGCCAAACCUCAAUAGUGCUCGACGUAUUCGCAAUGUUAGUGGGCAUCGAAAAAGUGAAGCAGAGAAGGAGUCUGGCCUUAAGCCAACCCUGCGGCAGAUUCUGAAUCCAUCUCGGAGAAAUGUCAACUGGGAACAGGUCAUUCAACAAGUAACCAAGAAAAAGCAAGAGCUGGGCAAAGGUUUACCCAGGUUUGGCAUAGAAAUGGUACCUUUGGUUCAAAGUGAACAGGAAGUCUUGGAUCUAGAUGAGGAGCCUGAUCUGUCCAGUCUAGAAGGAUUCCAGUGGGAAGGUGUUUCCAUUUCCUCAUCCUCUGGUUUGGCAAGAAAGCGAAGCCUUUCUGAAAGCAGCGUGAUCGUGGACAGGACUCCUGUGUACAGCUUCUUUGGUGAGGAAAGUACUGGCAAAGAAAAUGAACCCCAGCAGAGAGCUACACCUAGUACUGCACUAAGUGCUGCGCAGGGUCAAAAGGCAGCCCUGUGUCUUGAGCAGGAUGUAGCCCCUCUGACUGCCUCUGUCAGAAUGGGUGAAAAGGUCGGCAGCAUUCCUACCCAAAGGCGACACAGUGCACAGCUACCAUCUGAUCACUUAAUACCUUUCAUGCAUUCAGCCAGAGACCUGCAUAGCCAGGAGAGGUCUACACCACUGUCAGAGCACCGUGCCCAGGAGAGCACUGGAGAGGGAAACUCGCUCUCAUCAAAUGCGUCUUCAGGUCGCGCCGUCUCCAGCUUAGCAGAUGCAGCCACUGACAGCAGCUGCACCUCUGGCGCUGAGCAAAACGACAGCCACAGCGUUAGAAAGAAGCGAAGAGCCACCGGGGAUGGAUCAUCCCCUGAACUACCAAGUCUUGAGAGAAAAAAUAAAAGAAGGAAAAUUAAAGGAAAGAAAGAACGUUCUCAGGUUGACCAGCUACUAAGCAUUUCGUUGAGAGAGGAAGAACUGAGCAAGUCGCUGCAGUGCAUGGAUAACAACCUCCUGCAGGCGCGCGCCGCUCUGCAGACGGCCUACGUGGAGGUUCAGAGGCUGCUCAUGCUCAAGCAGCAGAUAACUAUGGAGAUGAGUGCGCUGCGGACCCACAGAAUACAGAUUCUACAAGGAUUGCAAGAAACAUACGAACCUUCUGAGCACCCAGACCAAGCUCCCUGUAGCCUCACAGUACGAGAACAAAGGAGCAGUCGAUCUCAGGCAUCUCUUGAGAGCACAUUGCUGCCUGUUCCCUUUUCCCCAGGGUUUCUGGAGCCCCCUCCUUCCCAUGUGCCUCCACCGUCCACUGGAACCCCUCUCCAAAUAACCACAUCUACCCUCCAAGCCCAUGGUACUGUCCCUGACUCAUCGGUUCAGAUUAAACAAGAGCCCAUGUCUCCUGAACAAGAGGGGAAUAUGAACGCUAUGCCGCAAGGCUCUGCUUCCAAUGUGUCCAAGGAAUUCCUACAGACUAAUAGAGUGGUCAGUGACAGCUGUCCAGUUUACCUGGCCAUCCCUGCAGCGAUAACAUCAGCAUCAACAGAAAGUUGCCAGGGGGCUAACCAAGAUCUGAAUUUUUCUGUGGAGCAAGGAAAUCCCAGAAGCAGAGGAAACUCUCCCUCUUGCCAGUCUCCUGAUCUUCCCGGCAUAAACAGAGGUGAAGAGUCAGCCAAAGGCAGCAGUGGUUCUGAAGAGGGUAGCAGUUCCUUUCUAAGAUUGUCUUUUACUCCGGAAACUCCUGCGGAGAAGGAAACUCACUCUCCAGCUGACCAGCCUGAGCAAAGGGCAGAAUCCAUACUGCCAUCAGUUGAAACUAGAGGGAGCAAGAAGAAGAAGAAACUUCGGAAGAGGAAAACACUGCGGGCUGCCCACGCUCCUGACAACAGUGACACCGAGCAGGACAUGUUCACUGCUAAGCCCGCAAGAAAGGUAAAAACUGGAAAGCCAGCUAAAGGGGGGAAAGUGACAACCUCCUCCUGGGAAGACAGCAGAACCGGGCGGGAGCAAGAAACUGCCAGAGACGAGCCAGACAGCGAAUCCUCCCUGGAAGUCCUAGAAGUCCCAAAUCCUCAGUUAGAUGUAGUUGCCAUUGAUUCUUCUGAAUCGGGAGAUGAGAAACCAGACAGCCCAUCGAAGAAAGAUGCCUGGAACUCUGCAGAACAAAACACAAUAGAAACUGCUCGUUCUGGCUGCGAUGAAGUUAGCUCUACCAGUGAGCUUGGCACCCGCUACAAGGAUGGCAUUCCUGUAAGUGUUGCAGAAACACAGACAGUGAUCUCCUCCAUCAAAGCAUCUAAGAACUCUUCAGAAAUAUCUUCCGAGCCAGGAGAUGAUGAUGAGCCUACAGAAGGAAGCUUUGAAGGACACCAAGCUGCAGUGAAUGCAAUUCAGAUAUUUGGAAACUUACUGUAUACGUGUUCAGCAGACACAACUGUCAGAGUUUACAAUCUGGUGAGUCGGAAGUGUAUUGGUGUCUUUGAGGGACACAUUUCCAAAGUGAACUGCCUCCUUGUCACUCACACCUCUGGGAAGAAUUCAGUCCUCUACACUGGUUCCAGUGACCACACCAUUCGCUGCUAUAAUGUUAAGACUCGAGAAUGUAUGGAACAGUUACAGCUGGAAGAUCGGGUUCUCUGCCUUCAUAAUAGAUGGCGAAUCCUUUAUGCAGGACUGGCAAAUGGCACUGUGGUCACCUUCAAUGUAAAGAACAACAAGCGACAGGAUGUCUUUGAAUGCCAUGGCCCUAGGGCCGUCAGCUGUCUCGCCACAGCUCAGGAAGGUGCCCGAAAACUGCUGGUCGUAGGGUCAUAUGACUGUACCAUUAGUGUCCGUGAUGCCCGGAAUGGACUACUGCUCAGAACCCUGGAGGGCCACAGCAAGACCAUUCUUUGCAUGAAGGUGGUGAACGACCUUGUGUUCAGUGGCUCCAGUGACCAGUCUGUGCAUGCUCACAACAUCCAUACUGGUGAGCUUGUGCGCAUCUAUAAAGGCCACAAUCACGCAGUGACUGUGGUGAACAUCCUGGGGAAAGUGAUGGUGACUGCUUGCCUGGACAAGUUUGUUCGUGUCUAUGAGUUACAGUCCCAUGAUCGCCUGCAAGUUUAUGGAGGGCACAAAGACAUGAUUAUGUGUAUGACCAUCCAUAAGAGUGUGAUUUACACUGGCUGUUACGAUGGCAGCAUCCAAGCUGUGAGGCUGAAUCUGAUGCAGAAUUACCGCUGUUGGUGGCAUGGCUGUACUCUGAUAUUUGGCGUUAUGGAUCACUUAAAACAACACUUGCUGACUGACCACACCAAUCCCAACUUCCAGACGCUGAAGUGUCGCUGGAAGAACUGUGAUGCUUUUUUCACAGCCAGGAAAGGAUCCAAGCAGGAUGCUGCAGGACAUAUCGAACGACAUGCCGAAGAUGACAGCAAAAUAGAUGCGUGAAGUUGUUUGCCUCCCACGUUGGGAAGUUAUUAGUAAACUAUUUUCACAUUGGCCUUUCUCACGGGCUACUGUCUGUCCUUCUCCAGUGAUACUGGGAAGGAGAAAGUGGUUCACAGCCAGACCUACCGCUAGGCAAGCCUGGGCAGCCUGAGGGACGAUAGGUCACAUACAGUUCAGGCCCGCUCUGGAGUGUCUAAGUGAUGUUUAAGUAGGCUCUAAGGAAACUACUCUCUGGGACAAACGACAGUGAUUUAUGCUAUAGGUGUCUAUUAGAGAUGCAGAUUUUAAUUGGUUACCCAGUUUGACCCUAAUCAUAUAUUUUAUUGAUUUGUUUUGUGAUUUCUGUUUUAUGUUCUUAUGAUGGCUUAUGAUAGAGCUUUCAGGAUCAGUUUUAAUUUCUCCUUUUGCAAUAACUGGGUCAUUAAAUUUGAAGCAAAUUGUGUUUUAAUAAUUAUGUGCAGCGUGUUUCACUAUUAGUAUAGAUGGACAAAGCUGGCUAUAGGUGUGAAGGGAAACGUGGCAGCAUCCUGAGAAACAGCCUGCCUGCUCUGCUUGCUCUGUUUUAGAAUUCAGACCUGCCAUUAGCAAGUUUCCAUGAUGGGAAGUCCCUAGAGACGGCAUUUCCCAGUAAGCCACUUCAGUGUGCUCGGUGUGGUGCCUCCCUUCACUUCUGCACUCACCGGCUGCUUCAACUGAAGGCUCCUACCUUUAUUCCCUUUCUUAGCUUCUGGCCUCGGAGUCUCAUGGAGCCUUGACGUCUUUUGGGUUGCUCCAUUGCCAACAGCCAUAUUUCCCGCUGUCUUGCUGUGCCGAGGGCAAUGGCACGUGAGGCUCACAGGGUGCCUUCAGCCUACCGUCAGCACACUUAUAGGACAGCUGGGAAGAAGCAUCUGGAAUCCGUUGAUAGGGCAUCAGGCAGGCCUCUGAGACAUAACGUCUGCAGCCAGUGCCUGCCUUCAUGUUCAUGCCAGCUGUGGAGUGUGGUAAGGGGAAAGCUGCCACUGGGAAUACCCAUAUCACAGGCCUUCGUGAAAUUGCUUUGAUCUUGGAUUUUUUGAAGCCCUGUGUGUAAAACUGAACAAGUAUUUUCUCUAGCCCUUUGUUUCUGGAUCUCAAAACUGAGAUUCUUCAGAAGGAGAGGACCCUUGUGCCACAUACCCUCGCUUCAGGAUGCCAUGCUUUCUAGUACUAAGAUUGCGGCCUUUGUUUUUGACCUUUGCCUGAUCAAACAUCCCCAUAGGCCCUAGGGCAGGGUGGCUUCACCAGAAGGGUCUGUGGCUCCUGAAGUUGCAUGGAGGACUAAAUAAGUCUUUUCAUCCCUGCACCCCUCGAGAAAGGUUCCAGUAAUUCUAACUGGAUCCAGAAGAUGUUGAGAGCUGAUCUAGGAGCUAAGACUAGCUCAGGAACACCACAGGCUGUUCACCUGUGGCCUACUGUGUGGGGGAACUUUUGCUGACCACAUGACUGAGGUGUGAUGUGGAGGACUUAUUCCUGACAGUGCAUCUUUAUGCUAUUUCUGUGAGACUAAGAGCCCCUUCCCACCUCUCACCUCCACUUCCUAUAAGGGUGAUCAGAGGAGCCACAGUUCUUCAGGUCUUGGAAGUGAUUUCCUAGGAAAGUUCCCUUGAGUUUCUUGCUAACCCUGCCUCACCCUCCAAGCUUCAGCUCCCCCAGUUCCCACAUUGGCAGGGCAGUGUGCUAAGGAGGCUCAGGUUCCCUGGCCACCCCCACGGAUGUGUAGAGGGUUGAGAGUAGGGGGCCCGGGGAGCAGCAGGGAAGAAGAAUGUGAGGGGCUGAGCGUGGGAGGACCGUUUGAGGGCGGGCAGACUGGCAGGAUUAGUGAGCUGGGAUCUGAACCCCCCUCGGAAGCAUUGUGGGCACGAGUCCGGCUGCUCACUGGUACGCGAGAGGGCACCUGCACUGUGUCGUCACUCACGGGUUUCUUGGAAGUGGUUGCUGAGGUCAAGCACAGGUGGAACUGUUUCUGGCAUUGGAUCAGUGUUCCCCAGGGUGAGCAGUCUAGUGUGCUGAGAAUGAGUGUCCUGGCUCCUCAGUAGAAGGGUGUCGCUCGUCAGCACCCUCCAGUUCCCCUCAGAAGGGGCAGCUCGGGGCUGUGCUGACUUUUGUUUGAUUUGUUGAAGGAAGGAAAGUGACUAAUAACCUGCCAAAACCAAGACAUUUCUUUAUGAGUUACUUGAUGGUCAUUUUUAAUGUUGUUCUUUUAUGCCUAGUCCAACAGCUAAAAGCGAAGGAAAAUUUUACAAAAUCUUUUCUGUGUGUUUUCAGUGAUGGUUCUAAUAAAUUACCAGCCACUUUCAAAUUUUCUUGAAAGUUUUUACUUAGGUUCAAAACACAUUUUAGCAUAUUCUGCUAGACUAUAAACAAUGCAAAUUUUUUAAAAAGAGCAAAAAAUGUCAUUCUGACAUAAGUUUGGGAAGUCAUUAGUCAGCAUUACUCUUUGCUUUCAGGUGAAAGUUUUAGCUGAUGAACUGCAUGGAAUCCAAGGCAGUACUUUCAUGGUUGAAGUGAUUGUUGCCGAGGACGGUUUUGUUUUUUUCUGGCAGAUUGCCAUGGACAUGUGGCUGAGUUGCUGAAUGUAGGGCACACUUACAGGAACGGCACAGCAUUGUUUUAUGGAAGAUAAUUCAUUGAGGAGGAAACUGAACACGCAUUUUGUGGUUUGCUUAAUUAAUUUGCAUAUUCUUAGCAAAUUUGUUCCUGUUGCUUCAAGGAGCGUUCUAGAAUUACUGUGAAGACCGCUCUUGCCGUGCUUAUACUGGUGGCUUCAUCCCUGUCCUGUCACUGGAUUUGAGGGUAGUGGCCUGAGAGGAAGCUGUGGUGGAAAUAUAAUGGGUCUCCCCCGGUUCCAUAUGCAGAUGGGUGUGAAACUUUGUGCAACUUAAACAUACCACUUACUGCACAAUAACCUCCUCUUCACCUCCAACCCCAAGGACAUGGCCCAGACCAGACCAGAAGUAGGCUAAUGUGGGCAGAGAGUGGAGAAGGAAAGCCUGUUGGGAGAAGUAGACGCCCAGAGCUGCCCUGAACCUUGGUUUCUUAUUGUUUUUCAAUAUUAAAUAUGAAUUAGAAAAAAAUGUCAGGUGACAUUUGACUGCAAAGAUGUUUCUAAACAGCCUUCUUACUUUUGGUAUAAAAGCUGUGAACUUCAUAACUUUGUAAGUGAGAUAUAAAACAAAUACAAGAGGAAAAUAAAAGUACUUUUACUACUAA